GUUCGUUUCGUUUUUUGUUUUUAAAGUUGCUAAAAAAAUGUCUGGCCGUGGCAAAGGUGGGAAAGCUAAGGGAAAGGCGAAAUCCCGUUCCACUCGGGCAGGACUCCAAUUUCCUGUUGGUCGUAUUCAUAGACUUCUGAGGAAAGGAAAUUACGCCGAACGUGUUGGUGCAGGAGCACCAGUAUACCUUGCAGCCGUAAUGGAAUAUCUAGCAGCUGAAGUAUUAGAGUUAGCUGGCAAUGCUGCUCGUGACAAUAAAAAGACCAGGAUUAUUCCUCGACAUCUUCAAUUGGCCAUCCGUAAUGACGAAGAAUUAAAUAAAUUACUGUCGGGUGUCACUAUCGCUCAAGGUGGUGUAUUACCGAACAUUCAAGCAGUACUGUUGCCAAAGAAAACCGACAAGAAAACGUAAUUCUACAAAGAAUUAAUCAUACAAAUGGCCCUUUUCA